AUGAGCUCCCUCAAGCGGAAGGAUGCCCCCGGGGGUCAUCUUCCUGCGAAAUCAGCAAAAAAAGUUAAAGAAGGUCGACAAUCGAAGCCGGAUGUUUCAGCCAAGGAUACAACCAAGUCGCCCGCAGCAAAGACCAGCGACAAGCCCAAGCCGGCGGUCGUAUCGGUGCUUAGGGAUGAAGAGCCACUGUUCCCCCGUGGAGGUGGAAGCAUUCUGACACCACUAGAACAGAAGCGCAUUCAAAUUGAAGCCAAGGCGGAUGCUCUUCGCGAGGAAGAAUUCAACACUGGCAAGAAGUCGACCAAGAAGGCCAAGAAGGCUAAGCCAGGCUCCAAGGGUGAUAAGAAGAAGGGAAAGGUCACUGAGGAGGACUUUGUAAAGAUUGAGAGUCUCGGCUUCAAGAAAUUGGCCAAGGGUACCUUGAUACUCGGCCAGGUCUCCAAGAUCAACAACCUCGAUAUCGAAGUUACGCUUCCGAAUAACCUGAUCGGCCAUGUAUCCAUCGUGUCUAUUUCUAGUCAAUUGACAGACAGGCUGGAAGACACCGCAGAGAAAAGCGACAACGAAGAGGAGGAGGAGGAGACCAACGACAAGGAUGUAGAUCUGAAGUCAAUCUUUGUGAUUGGACAGUACCUCAGAGUGUCUGUCUUAUCUACAGUCGAUGAAUCAGUUGCAGGAAAGGGAAAGCGGAGAAUCGAGCUCUCUCUUCGCCCCAGCGAAACCAACACGGGGUUAGAAAAGGACGAUUUGGUUGCCAACAGCACCGUCAUGGCAGCCGUAAUUAGCGUCGAAGAUCGAGGCUGUGUUAUGGAUUUGGGCAUCCCCGACUUUCGAGGAUUCCUUCCCAAGGCCGAGGUUGAUCCUUCGAUCACCGAGGAUCGUCUACAGCCCGGUGCUGUGUUCCUUUGCGCUGUCACGGGCAAGGCAUCUGGCGGCAAGGUGGCUCAGCUCACUGUUCUCCAGAAACGAUUGGGAAAUAUCAAGGCCGUUCCCGGCGAAGCCACUAGUAUCAAGACUUUCCUUCCAGGAACUGCUGCAGAUGUCCUCGUCUCGAAUGCUGAUCGUCGCGGGUUGGCUGGCAAGAUCUUGGGAUCCUUGGACGCUACUGCGGAUAUUAUUCAUUCCGGUGCUGGACCCGAUGGGAAGAGCCCGGAAACUGCUCACAAGAUCGGUUCUAAAGUAAAGGCGAGGAUCAUUUGCACGUUCCCUACGGCAAAAGAGCCCAAGUUGGGAAUUUCCCUUCUCCCUCACCUCACUACCCUCGGAAGAAAACGCCCCGAAAAGGCAAACCGCAUGAAGCUCCCUACAGAAGUUCUCUCUGUCUCGUCGCUGGUUGAGAAGUGCACAGUCUCUCAUGUUGAGAACGAUAUCGGUCUAUUCGUCGACAUCGGAAUCCCUGGCGUGAAAGGCUUCGUGCACAUCUCACGAGUGAAGGACGGCAAGGUUGACGCCCUCUAUGAGACGAGUGGACCUUUCAAGGUUGACUCUGUCCACAGGGGUAGGGUUGUUGGAUACAACGAGAUGGAUGGUAUUUUCAAUCUCUCAUUCCAGAAGAGCAUCCUAGAGCAGCAAUACAUUCGUCUUGAAGACGUCCCCAUUGGAGCUGUUGUAACAGCCGAGGUGGAAAAACUGAUCAUCAAUGAAGACGGCGUCUCUGGUCUUAUCCUCAAACUCGCGGAUGGCAUCACUGGGUUCGUUCCCGAGCGUCAUUUGUCCGAUAUCAAACUUCAACAUCCAGAGAAGAAAUUCAAAGAGGGCCUCAAGGUCAAGGCACGUGUGCUUUCCACCAAUCUCUCCAAGAAGCAGAUGCGACUCACAAUGAAGAAGACCCUCGUCAACUCAGAGGCUCCAGUUGUGAAGUCUCACGAUGAGGUUAGUGUGGGCAUGCAGUUUCCCGGAACCAUCGUGAAGAUGCAAGCGAAUGGUGCAUUCAUCCAGUUCUAUGGAUCAUUAAGGGGCUUUCUCCCAGUGUCUGAAAUGAGCGAGGCAUACAUCCGCGAUCCUAGCGAACACUUCCGUUUAGGUCAAGUCGUUUCAGUCCACGCCCUCGACGUUGAUCCCGAAGCCAGAAGACUGGUCGUCUCAUGCAAAGAUCCUUCUGCCUUUGGUCUAGAAAAGCAAAGCGCUUUGAAGAAGCUCCAGCUUGGUGACUUCGUUUCCGCCAAGGUCACUCAAAAAUCCGAUGACCAAGUUUAUGUUGAGCUGUCCGACAGUGGACUGAAGGCGGUACUUCCUGUAGGCCACCUCACAGACAAGUCGGCCUCGAAGAACCAAUUCAGCUUGAAGAGAAUUGCUGCUGGACAAACUCUUUCUGAUCUUAUGGUUAUCGACAAGGACGAAAAGCGAAGGGCAAUCAUUCUUACUCAGAAGCCAAGCUUGAUCAAGGCUUCCAAGGAGGGCAAGCUUCUCUCUAGCUUUGACGAGGCCAAGGAGGGUCUUGUCGUCGCUGGUUUUGUCAGAAACAUUACUCAAACCGCUGUCUUUAUUCAAUUCGCUGGCAGCUUGCAUGCGCUCUUACCAAAGUCGCGCUUGUCAGCCAAGUCUCAGGCUCAGCCUGAAUUCGGCCUUUCCAAGCACCAGUCUAUCGAAGUUCGGAUCAUCUCCGUAAUUAACGACCUUCAGCGCAUUCUUGUCGCCCCCUCUACCAGCGAUGAUGAUGCCGAAAAUAGCACUGACAAGAAGACUAAGGAAAAGCUGGCCCCAUCAGAUGAUCUUGCUUGGGGCAGCAUCACUAAGAUCAAAAUCACUUCCAUCAAGGAAACCCAGCUCAAUGUUCAAGUCGUUGAGAGUAACGUGCAGGGACGCAUUGACAUCUCACAAGUCUUCGACAGCUGGGACGAGAUCGAUAACCCUCAGGAACCACUGGGCAAAUUCCACAAACAACAAAUUAUGAAGGCAAAGGUUAUUGGAGUUCACGACGCCAAAGACCAUCGCUUCCUUCCCUUUUCUCACAGGUCGGCUCACUCCGUUCUCGAAAUGACCGCGAAGCGUAGCCAGCUCAAAGACGCAGAGCUCGAACCACUGUCCUUGGACAAGAUCAAAGUUGGUGAUCAGCACAUUGCCUUUGUCAACAAUGUCAAUGCGCAAUUCCUUUGGGUGAACUUGUCACCAACUGUCCGAGGACGCAUUCCUGCGAUGGAGGCAUCAGACGACCUGUCGGUUCUUAGCGACCUCCGUGAGAAUUUCCCCGUUGGCUCCGCUCUUAAAGUGAGAGUUACUGGUGUUGACGCUGAGAAUAACCGCAUUGAUCUUUCUGCGCGCUCAUCUGACUCGACCGAUGCGAUCACCUGGAGCUCACUGAAACGGGACAUGAUCCUUCCAGGCAGGAUCACCAAAGUGAACGAGCGACAAAUUCUGGUUAAGCUGAGCGAUGCUGUUUCUGGGCCGGUGCAUCUUCCCGAUGUGGUUGACAACUUCGACGACGUGGAUACCUCCAAAUUCAAGAAGAACGACAUCGUCCGAGUUUCCAUUGUCGAUGUCGACACCAGUAACAAGAGACUGCGCUUAUCGUUGAGGCCUUCGCGAAUCCUGAGCUCCACACUCCCAGUUGCCGAUAAGGAAAUCAGCGACUUCACUCAGCUUUCGACUGGCGACAUCAUUCGAGGAUUUGUCAAGAACGUUUCAGACAAGGGAUUGUUCGUUCUCUUGGGCGGGCAGGUCACCGCUCUCGUGAAGAUUUCCAACCUGUCCGACAGGUUCAUCAAGAACUGGAAAGAUGAGUUACAGGUUGAUCAGCUUGUCAAGGGCCGUAUUCUCUCAGUCGAUCCUGCCACGAAGCAAGUUGAGCUGAGUCUGAAGGCAUCCAUGGUCAAUGAGGACUACACUCCUCCAACCACCUUCAAUGAUAUCAAGGAAGGUCAGGUUCUCACUGGCAAGGUCCGAAAGGUGGAGGAUUUCGGUGCUUUCAUUCUGAUUGACAACUCGGCAAACGUCAGUGGCCUGUGCCAUCGCAGCCAGAUGGCUGAGAAGCCCGUCCAGGACGCAACCAAGCUCUACAAGGAAGGAGAUGCAGUCAAGGCAGUGGUCUUGGAGAUUGAUGCCACCAAGAAGAGGAUCAGCCUGGGUCUCAAGCCGUCUCUGUUUGAUGACGAGGAUACCGACAUGGAUUCAGAUGAUUCGGACCAAGGUGCUGCACUUCUUGAUGAGGAUGACAGCGAUGAAGAUGUCGACAUGGAUGAUUCCGGAGCCCAACUUAAGAUAUUGGGCACAGAUAACACUGAGGAUUCCGACGACGAUGAAGAGGAUGAGGAUGAGGACGAUGAAGAAGACGAUGACGAGGAGAGUGAAGAUGAUUCCGAUGAGGAUGAUAAGCCAGCUAAGAAGACGAAGGGUCUCGGGGCAGGCAAGAAGUCGGAUUGGUCCGCUGAUCCAUUCGCCAACGCUGACUCUGAUGCCGAAAUGGAGGACGAGGGCCAGGAUGAGGACAAAUCGAAGAAGAAGAAGAGGAAGAAGGCAGAGUUGCAAGUCGACAGGACGGCUGAGCUCGAUGUCAAGGGCCCUCAGACGUCAAGCGAUUACGAAAGGCUCCUUCUCGGUCAACCCGACUCGUCAGAGCUGUGGAUUGCUUACAUGGCUUUCCAAAUGCAAGUCAGCGAGCUAUCAAAGGCAAGAGAAGUCGCUGAACGUGCUAUCAAGAGCAUCAACAUCAGAGAGGAGACCGAGAAACUCAAUGUCUGGGUUGCAUACCUCAACUUGGAAGUGGCCUAUGGUAACAAGCAGACUGUCGAGGAUAUCUUCAACCGCGCUUGCCAGUACAACAACAAACAAGAAAUCUACGAGCGACUGGCUAGUAUCUAUAUCCAGUCUGAAAAGCUCAAGGAUGCCAAUGACUUGUUUGAAGCCAUGGUUAAGAAAUUCGGUUCCCAGGCCCCUAGCGUUUGGCUCAAUUAUGCCCACUUCCUCCACGUCACCAUGAACGAGCCCGGUCAAGCUCGCGCCCUCCUCCCCCGAGCUACACGCCAGCUUGGAGACAAGCACAGUCAGAACAUUAUCAGCCGCUUCGCUGCCCUUGAAUUCCGCUCUCCCAAUGGUGAGCCAGAGCGAGGACGAACCAUGUUCGAGGGUUUGCUGGCUGCCUGGCCCAAGAAGGGUGACUUGUGGAGUCAGCUUCUUGAUCUGGAGCUUGGCAUCACUGGUGAGGGAGCCGAUCCCACAGCUGUCAGGGACGUUUUUGAGAGACGAACCAGGGUGAAGGGCCUGAAGCCCCAACAAGCCGAGAAGUGGUUCCGCAGAUGGGCUUCAUGGGAAGAGAAGACCGACCCCAAGGGUAAGGACAAGGUCAUGGCAAAGGCACAGGCCUGGGCAGCUACUUUCAAGGCCAAGAAGGAGGCCGAAGCAGCUGCUGCAGAAGAUGAGGAGGAGAUGGAUGAGUAG